AUGACUGCUUCUGGGCGGGAUCAGUGGAGACAACGCAACAGCAAGCAUACGCAAACAGAGAGAAUCAGUCCACCCAGUUCUCCCAGAGAAAAAAGAAGACAGGAUGACAAAAAUGGACAUUCAAGUGACAUCCAGAAAAGAAAAGACUCUCUAAAAAGACGUAGACUGGAAACAAUGCGUGCCAUUGAGCAGAUCGAGAAACUUUGGGAAGGAACUAAGCAAGAGAGGACUGAGAUAGACAACAUGAGACAGAGGAUUCAGCGACAGCAAGAUGAGAUAGUCAGGAUGACCACAGAGAAAAGACAACUUGAGAGAACUAUUACUCACAUGAAAGCCGAGAUGGACGACAUCUGCGAAAGAAUGGAUCGUAAUAAAGAAGAGGUAAAUAGAGAGAGGGAGAGGACUGAGCAAAUGAGAUCUGAUCUCCAAACUGAGCAAACCACCCUAGAGCAAAUGCGUGAUGAAAUCAUCAGAGAGAGACAGAACUUGGAGAUGAUCAGAUAUGAGACUCUGAGACAGAAGGAGGAGCUGGAGAGCAACCGUGAAAGCACAAAGUACGAGUUGGAACGAAUGGAACAAAUGAAAAGUGCCAUACAAGUUCAGAUCAAUGAGAUAGAGAUGAAGAUUGAGGAAACACAGAAAGCAAAGUGUCAGAUGGAGCAGAUGAAAGCUGAAAUAGAGGAGGAGAAAAGCGAGUUGGAGAGAAAGAAGUAUGACAUCAAGAGGCAAAGAGACCAGUUUGAGCAGAUUAAAGUUGACAUACAGCAAGUAAAGAUGGAAAUGGAGCAAAGGUGGCAUGAAACAGAGAAAGAAGGGCUGGAACAGAGAGCUAUAAUCCAAAGAGAGAAAGAUGAGCUGAAAUACCUGCAAGACGAGAUUCAAAGAGCAAGAGAAGAGGUUGAAAGAAACAGAGUGUUUUCAAAACAAGAGAAUGAGAGAAUAAACCAGCUGAGCGCUCAAGCGCUUACAGAAAGCAACCUCAUUGAAAAGAAAUGGCAAGAUAUCUUAUUAAAAGAAAAGGAUCUGGAAGAGAUGAAAUAUGAAAUUGAGAGAGGUCGAGAGGAGUUGGUAAUGAAUGGAGAGCUGGUCAAAAAGGAAUGGGAAAAGAUCGGACAGGCCAAAGUGGACAUACAAAAUCACAUGAUAUCUAUGGAUACCAGAGUUGAGGAAAUAAAAAGAGAAACUGAUAGGGUGAAACAUAUGAACAUAGAGAUGCAGAAGGACAAAGAUAUUCUAGAAAAACAGAAGGAUGAUAUACGAAAAGCUAAAGAAGAAAUGGAGAAGAAGAGGUAUGAGACAGUGACAGAGGAGCUAGAGCACAGAGCUCGACUGCAGAGGGAGAGAGACGAGCUGGAGAGUUUAAGAGUAGAGAUACAAAGGGCUAACGACAUGGAGAAAGCAAAGCUACUGAAGGAGAAGGAAGAAAGUUUUAAGAUAAGAGAAGAAGCCAGACAAGAAAGAGAAAUGACAGAACUAAUCAAAGCAGAGAUCAAGGCUGAAAAAGACAGCUUGAACCGAAGACAAGAGGAGAUGCUUAGGGAGAGACAAGAGUUAGAAAGAAUUAAACGUGAGACGGACAGAGCCAAAGAGGAUAUUGAGAACAGCCAAGAAGUCACAAUCCGGGAAAAUGAGAAAAUGGAAAAAAUUAAGACUGAAAUUCAAGGACAACUUGAAGAUACUGAGAAGAAAAUUGAGGAGAUCCAAAAAACAAAAGAACAAAUGGAGGAGACAAAGGCUGAGUUGGAGGAAGAGCGGGAGGAGCUGGAAAGAAAGAGAGAAUUGGUGAGAAGAGAGACCAAACAGUGCGAGUUCCUCAGAAGUGAAAUCCUCAAGGUGAAGGAGGAAAUGGAGAGCAGGUGGCAUGAAACAGAGAAAGAGGAAGUCGAACUCAGAGUGAAAACUCAGCAUGAACUGGAAAGACUGGAAAAAUUAAGGGACGAGGUCCAAAGAUCUCAGAAAAACAUUGUGGAGAGCAGGAUGGAGCUCAUGCACUGGAAGGACAGUCUUGAAAAAUUGAAGCUUCAGGUAGAAGACGACAAACUUGCCGCUAUCAAACAGAUGGAUGAGGCUAAAGCAAAGAGAGAGGAGUUGACAAAAAUGAUAGAACAGAUGGAGAAAGAGCGAGGAGAGAUUAAUAACAGCAGAGAAAAGGCUAAAGAAGAAGCAGAUGAAAUCAAACGCACGAGAAAUGAGCUACAAAGACAAAAGGCAGAAAUAGAUAACAGGAUUAGUGUUGCAAAACAAGAAAAAGAGGAGGCAAACCAUGCCAAACUUGCAGUCCAAGAGGCUAAGAUGCUCUUAAAAAAGCAAAUGGAAGAGUCAGAAAAGAGACGGUAUGAAACCAUAACAGAGGCGUUGGAGCAAAGAGAUGAAAUACACAAAAAAACAGAGGAGUUAGAACAAAUAAAUGAAGAGAUACAAACAGCCAGACAUGAACUAGAAAAAUUGAGGCAUUCUGAAAAAGAGAACCUGCAGAAAAUGCUGGAGGAUACACAGCAAGAUAAACAGUUUGUUGAGCAAAUGAAAAUAGCUGUGCUGAAGGACAAGGAAGAUCAGGAAAAGCGUUUAGCUGAGAUGGACAAGGAGAGAGAGGAGCUCAAACAGAUUACAGUUCAGGUCCAGAACGAGAAGAAAGAUCUAGAAAAACGAAGGUAUGAAAUUAUGAGAUAUGAUGUAGAACAGAGUGCUCAAGUGCAGAGACAAAGAGAAGAACUUGAGAAGAUCAAAACUCAGCUAUUUCUGGACACAGAGACCAUGGACAGAAGUAGAGAGUUAGCGCAAAAAGAUAGAGAGAAAGCUGAACGUCUUAUGAUUGAGAUCCAGGAACAAAGAGAGGAAGUGAAUAAAAGGUUAGAGGAGACAAAACGACGAGAGGACACUUUGAGGAAGAUGAGAGAGGACAUGGAGCACGAUAGAGAAGAUCUGGAGAAGAUCCGUGUGAAAACGCAGAGAGGGAAAGACACAUAUGAAGAGGUCAAGGAUGAGAUUAACAGGGUGAGAGCAGAGAUAGAGAGGUUGUGGGAUGAGGCUGAAAAGGGAGAGCAUGAAGAACGUAAGAAGAUGAACAGGGAGAAGGGGGAGAUGAUGAGGAAGAUGGAAGCUAUGAAGGAGGAGAUGGGUGAGAUUGAAGACAUGAAGAUGGAGUUAACAAAACAGAAGAAGGACAUUGACGUAAAGAUGGAAAAGGCAAGGCUGCAAAUGACUAAUCUUGAAAAGAUGAGAGCAGACCUCCAAAAACAGAAAGAAGACAUUGAAAUUCAGAUGAUGGAAGCAAGGAGAGAGAGAUAUCAGAUGAAACUGAUGAGGACUGAGAUCUUAAAACAAAAAGAGGAUGUUGAAAGGAAAAUGGAGCUAGCAAAAGCAGAGAUGGACAAAAUGCAGCUUGUCAAACAGGAAAUACAAAGACAAAUAGAAGAGCUGGAGGAAAGGAUGCAGAAAACCAAACGAGAGAUUGGAGAGAUGGAGCUGAUGAAGAGAGAAAUGGAAGGGAAGAAGAAAGAACUUGACCAAAGGAUGAAAUUGACCAUGAGGAAGAAGGACGAGAUGGAACGACUGAGGAUGGAGAUACAAAGGGCAAAAGACGAGAUGGAACAGAAAAGAGCGGAGACGGAGAGGCAGAAAUAUGAAAUGGAGCAAGUUAAAGCUGAAAUCCAAAGAGCGAGAGAGGAGUUUGAACUUAGGAUGGAGGAGAGAGAUUCAGAAGACGAGAAAGGACAGAUGAACCUCACAAUAAUCAACCUUAUUCAGCAGAUUGAGGGGACAAGAGAAAUGGUGCGGAAAGCAAAAUUCCAGAUUGAAAGCCGAAUGGCAGGAAGUCAGAUGGAGACAACAGACCAAGAGGAGAUGAAUGCUGAGAUGCACAGGCUCAUUUUGGAGAUUGAACAAAUCCGGGAAAUGAUGCGAGGUCUUAAGGCUGAGGUAGAACACAACAAGGAAAUGAUGAAGAGAGACAGGGAUGAGAUGAGGCAAUUGAAGAAUGAAGCUCAACGAAGGAGAAGAGAGAUUGAAUACAGGGAAGAAAAGAUUAUGAGAGAACGGGACGAACUAGAACUCGUGAGAAAUAUGAUGCAGCGGCAAAGAGAAGAACUGGAGAAGAGGCUGGAGGAGACCAUUAAAGAGAAUGAUAUGGUGGAGCAGGAGAGAGAAGAUGUGAAAAAUGCUUUGGAGAACAUAGAACAGGCCAAAGAAGAAAUAAAGAGACAGAAAGAACACAUUUCUCUAGAAAAGACAGGGAAAGAAAAGGUUCAGCCUGCCAUCAUUCCAACCGAGAGCCAGGAGUAUGCAAAAACAGAAGAACCAGCUGCCAUUAAAGUGGAAGACUUUGUGAGUGAUGUACAGAAAGAAAGACAAGAACUGGAACAAUAUAAAGAAAUAAUUUUAAAAGAGAAACAUGAACUAGAGAAAACAAAGGAGGAUGUACGAGCGGUAAAGAAUGAAGCUGAAGAGAGGAUGACAAAAUUACAAGAGAUGGAAAUAGAGAUGGAAAAGAAACGAGUGAGUCUACAAAACUGGGAAAGACUGCUGCAAUCAGAGAGAGAAGAAAACCAGAGAGGUUCAGAUAUAAUAUGGAAAGAGAAGGAGCAGCUAGAUAAAAGAAAACAAGAACUAGAGAGUAUGGAAGUAAAUCUACAGAGAGAGAAAUGUGAAUUGGAAAAAGCAAGAUUGAUGGAGAUUAAACAAGUUGAUGUACAAGUCCAAACUGAUGUGAUGGAGGAUGUAGGAAAAUAUCAGAUGAUCUUGACUAUGGAGGAGCUGGAUAAAGAGCGACAAGCUCUGGAGAAUUUUAAAGAAGACUUACUUGCACAAAAAAGUACAAUUGAGAGACAACUGGCAGAAAUAAAACUGAGCAAGGAUGAAUUUUCACUCAAAGAAGCCGCACUACAAACUGCAACAAAAAACACAGCAGACAUAGAGUUACAAUUAGAGCUGCGAAAACAGGAGCUAGAACGAACAAAAUAUGAGCUGGAAAAGACAAAGCUAGAAAUACAGAAAGGAUGGGAUGACCUGCAGGCUGAGAUUACAGAAAGCAAAGAAAAAGACAACAUGAUAAGAACAGAAUUAGAAAAUGCGAGACAUGUCCUAAAUCACAUUCGACAGGAUAUAGAAAAACAAAACCAAACCAUGGAGGCUGACCUAAAAGACACUUUUGCUACAGAACUAGAAGACAUAGAAGCUCAGAGAAAAAGGAUAGAGGAUGAAAAGAGAAUGUUACAGAACAUGAAAUAUGAGCUGCAAAAAGAGUCUAGUGAUAUUGAAAGGUUAAACCAGGAUGUGCAGAAAGAAAGACAGAACAUGGAGAAAUGGGCAGAGCAGCUUAAACAAGAGAGGGAAGAGCUAGAAAAGAAAAUGUGUGAUAUGCAACAAAUACAAGCAGAAAUAGCCAGAGAAAAGAAAGAUCUAGGGAACCUGAGAGAGGAGAAUGAGCUGACACUGAAGGAGAUCAAAAAGGAGAGAGACACUCUUGAGAAAAUAAAUGAACUCAUUUUACAGAAAAACGAUAAUUUUGAGAAUGAGGUGGAGGAAAUAAAGAAAAGAGAAAAUGAACUGCAGCAAAUGCAGGCUGAUCUUAACAGACAACAAAAAUACAUGCUGGAUAUUCAGAAUAUAGUUGUAAUGCAAAAAAGUCAACUUCAGAAAAGCCAAGAUGAAAUAGCCGAAAAGCUAACACAGGUGGAAGACAUCAGGCAGGUCACACAAAAUGAAAAAGACAAUCUUGACAGAGAAAGGGCGGCUAUAAUGGAACAGAAGCAGCAGAUGGAGAGCAACUUGACAGAUGCAUUAAACAGAGAACUAGAAACUGUGGAGCUUGUGAAAAAAGAGAUACUAAAUGAGAAGCGACUUAUUGAGGACUGCAGAAUAGCUUUAAUCAGAGAUAUAGAAGAUCUGGAGCAGAAGAAAAUCAAUUUGGGUAGUCAGGCAGAGGAGAUAAAAUUACAAAGACAAAGUAUUGCAGAAGAGAAAAGCAAGUUGGAACAGACUGAAUCUGUGCUGCAACGAGUAGCUGAAGAUACAGAGAAGCUAAGACAAGAUACACUAGCUGAAAGACAGAAGCUUAAAAACACUGCUGUGCAACUUCAGAAAGAGAGAGAUGCCAUUGUGAGCUUUGCGGAGGAGACAAAAAGAAAGAGAGAAGACCUGGAUAAAAUGCAAGCUGAUGUAGAAAAGCAGGAAAAAGCAUUUGAGAUAUUGAAAGGCAUGAAGGCUGAUCUGGAAAAAAAAGCCAGUGUCAUUGAAAAUUUAAGACAAGCUGUUCAAAAUGACAUACAACACGUUAAAGACAUGGAAGCCAAAAUUCAAAAAGAAAGACAAUACACUGAUAGUCUGGUUGAAGAGAUUGAAAAGAGGUCAAAAGCACUGGAUGAGAUGCGCAUGGAGGUUGAAAAAGAAAAGCGUUAUGCUGAGUCUGAGAGAGAUGUGCUAGAACAGGAAAAGUCUAAGCUCAGAGAUCUCAAAGAUGAAUUUGCUCAGCAAAACGAACAGAACAUUAUUAUACUGGCAGAGAUAGAGAAAGAAAGAGACAAUCUUGCGCAGAUGAGUGAAACCAUAUCAAAUCAAAGGUGCAUGGUUGAAAGUGAUAAAGAAAAUUUAAGACGGAGAGAAAAUGAACUGAAACAAAAAGCAGCAGAGAUUGAAAACAAACAAAAACAAAUCGAUGAGUUGAAGAGCAGUUUAAGAAUGGAAAAGAUGCAAGUUGAGCAGAUGCAAGCUGACCAAGAUCAACAAUGGACAGUUACACAUGAAAAAAUAGAACACGUUAAGACUGCAAGAGAUAGAGACGCGACAGAUCUGGAGAAAGAGAGACAGGAAAUUGAGAAUUUGAGAGAAGAACUGAGGGUGGAAUAUGAAAAUGUGGAGCACCAAAAGAGAUAUUUAAUUGAGCAAAAAGAAGUAUUUGAAAGCCGCAUGAAAUCACUAGAAAUGGAUGAGGAAGACAUAGAGAAAAAUAAAGCCAAACUGCACAAAGAAUUUGAAAACUUGCAGUUUCAGAGGCAAUCGUUUGAGAAAGAGAUACAGCAGGUAAGAGCUGACCUUCAGAAAGAGGCUGACAAUACUGAGAGAAUAAAGAAAGAGGUGGUAGCUGAAAAGCAGAGUAUAAAAGACAUGGCAGUUCAAAUUCAACAUGAGGGAAAUGACAGAAAAGAAGUUCUGGAGAGGAUGCGCCUUGAGCUAGAAAAGCAAAAGCAAGACAUUGAGACUGAAAAAGAUAUACUAGAAAACCAGAAGUUUAAAGUGGACAAAAGCAAAAGAGAGAUAGCUAGAUCAAACGAUGAUCUUGCUGAAAAGAGAAAAAUGAAUGAUAUUGAUCGGUCAGAGAUGGAGAAACAGAGAAAUUCCCUUGAUCAAAUGAAGAUGAACAUUUCACAAGAGGAACAUGGUAUUAAAAAAGUGAAGGAAAGUUUGAGACACCAAGAAAAUGACCUGAAUAUACGUACAUCACAACUUCAUGCACAACAGAAAGAAAUAGAAGAGAUUCAGGAUGUUAUCUUGAAAGAAAAGAGUCAGCUUAGUGAAAGACAGGCUGAAAUGGAAAAGCAAAAGAGAGCAUUAGAGAAUGUGAUGGACAGACUUGAAAAAGAGAGGACUAAUGUAAUGGAAGAAAGACAAAAAGUGAAUGGCAUUGCAGAAGAACUGAAGAGGGAAAGUGAAACAGUGGAGCUGAUGAAACAAGAAGUUCUCCGCGAAAAAGAAUCUAUUGAAAACAGCAGGCAAAUACUGAACAAAGAUCUAGAGGAUAUAAAAGAAAAUAGAACCAUCUUAGCUGAGGAGUUUGAGACCUUAAACUACCAGAAACAAUUGACUGGCAAAGAAAAGCAGGAAUUUGAUAAGAUGAAAAAUGAGCUCCAACAAGAAAAGGAAGUUAUUGCUAAACUAAGGCAAGGCAUAGAAAAUGGCAGGCAGAAGGCUGAGGAAAUGACGAUCGAACUUCAAAAAGAAAAGGAAGAUAUAGAGAUUUCUUUUGCCAGGACAAGAUCAGAGGAAGGAGAUCUAAGAAAACAAAAGCAAACAAUUGAAUCUGAUAGAGACACUCUUAAAAAGGACAAGUCUGACCUGGAGAUAACUAAAGCAGAGAUAGCCAGAGCCAAAGAAGAUCUUGAGAAUCAAAUUGAAUCACAUAAAAGACAAAAUGAGGUAACAUUGGCAGAGAUACAGAAAGAGAAACACAUUCUUGAGCAGUUAAGAAUGAACAUAUCACAACAGAGAGAUGAUCUAGAAAAGGACACUGAACAAACAAGAUACAAACAAGCAGAGCUGCAAAGUGUAAAAAUGGAAAUUCAGAAAGAGCAAACAGAGAUAGAUGAGCAGAAGGUGAUGACUGCACUAGAGAAGAGUGGGCUGAAAGACAUUAAAGCUCAAAUAGAUAAACAGAAAAAAGAGACAGAUGAAACCAAAGAACAGGUUAAAAAGGAGAGGGAUGAUAUUGAGAGAGAAAAGGGAGAUUUGAAGAAUCAAAAACAACAUAUGGAGGUAAAUUUGAGGCAAGAACUAAAAAUGGAGAGUGAAAAGUUAGAGCUGCUCAGAAAGGAGAUGUGUGAUGUAAAGGAAGGAAUUGACAACUGCAGGAAAAGCAUAAAAACAGACAUGGAUACUUUGGAACAAACAAAGCUUGAUGUAGUGAAAGAGUUGGAGAAUAUUAAGCUUCAGAAACAAAUGAUUGAGGAUGAGAAAGACAGGAUUGAGCAGAUAAAAUCAGAUCUAAAAAGAGAAGCUGAAGACAUUGAAAAGAUUAAAGUAGAGACACAAAAUGAAAGACAGAAGCUUAAGGAAGCAACAACCCAACUUAAGAAAGAUAGAGAUAAUGUUGAGAGUCUUGCAGAGGAACUUGACAGGAAAAAAGUGACACUAGAAAAUAUGCAUCAGGAAACUGAAUUGCAAAGGAAAGCAAAUGAGUCUAAUAAACAGAUGCAGGAAAGGGCUCUACUUGAGCUGAAGAAAACUGUGACAGAUAUAGCAAGAGCGAAGGAGGGUCUUGAAACCCAGCUCGUUGAAGAAAGAGAAAAGAACAAGAUCACACUAGCAGAGAUACAGAAAGAAAAAUACAUGCUUCUUCUACUGAGAGAUAGUAAUUCAGAGCAACAGGACAACAUUGCAAAUGAGAGACAACAAAUGAGACUGAGAGAGACUGAACUUGAACACCUCCAAGCUCUGAUUUAUAGGCAGCAAGAUGAAAUGGAAGCCACACGAAAAGCUCUCACAAUGGAAAAAGACAGAAUUGAAAAGAAGAAAACUGAAAUAGAUCAAAAACAGAGAAAAGUAAAUGAAAUCAUGGAAUUUACAACAGGAGAAAAGGCUUGUAUUGAGAAAGAGAAAUCUGAAAUGCUAGCACAGAAACACCAAAUAGAGACUGAACUGGAGCUCUUGAAGGCAGAACUGAAUAAUGAAAAAGAAUUAAUUGAGGAAAGGACCCAAAUGUUGAAAACAUUCAAUGCUGACAUAGACGAAAAAAGAGCAGCCCUAGACAGAGAGAUAAAGCAGCUUCAAUAUCAUAAAAAAGUUAUUCAAGAUGAGACGGAUGAUUUAGUACAGAUGCAAAGACAAACUGAAGAUAUGAGAAGGUUAAAAGAAGAAACACAAAAUGAGAGACAGAGUUUGGAAAAGAUGGCUGAACAACUUCAGAAGGAGAAAGAAGGUAUUGUUCAUCUUGCUGAAGAUACAAAGAGAAAGAAUGAGAUUCUGGAUGAAAUUAAAGUAUUACAUGAGUCCAAAUUAGAAAAUCUGCAAAAAGAGAUCAGGGAAAAACAGGACAUGAUGAUUGAGCUGAGAAAGAAGUCUGAAUAUGUUGAGCUUCAGAUAAAGGAGAUAUUGACUGAAAAGGAAAUGUUGGAAAAUGACAGACAACUGCUGAAGAGAGACAUGGAAAAUCUGCAACAAAAAAUAGUUAAUGUAGACAGAGAUUCAGAGAGUCUGAAACUUGAGAGAGAAGCUUUGGAGAAUGAGAAGGAAAUGAUAAAACAGAUCAAAACUGACCUGCAACGAGAAACACAAGAGAUUGAGAAGAUCAGACUAGAAACACAACAUGAAAGACAAAAACUGGAGGAAAUGACAGCUCAACUCCAGAAAGAGAGAGAAGAAAUCAACAAUCUCAUUGAGGAGACAAAAAGAAAAGAUAUGGUCUUGGAUGAAAUGAACACAGAAACUGAAGUGAAAACUAAAGCCAUUCAAUCUGAUAGAGACAUGCUUGAGAAGGAAAAACAUGAUCUUGAGAAAAUCAAAAGUGAACUUGAUAAAGCCAAGGAGGAUCUUGAAAAAGAAAGAGAAAAGCAAGGAAUCAUACUGGUAGAGAUACAGAAAGAGAGAGCCUCGCUAAAGGAGAUGAAUGAGACCAUCACAAGACAAAUACAUGAUAUUAAAAAUCAAGAGGAACAAAUGAGACAAAAACAACAUGAACUUGAACAACUGAAAACUGAAAUUCAUAAUCAGAAACAAGAACAAGACAAUGACAGAAACAUUAUAAUAAAAGACAGAAGUCAGCUUGAUCUGAGACAAUCCGAGUUAGACAAACAACAGACAGAAGUGAGUGACAUUAUGGAAAAAAAUAGGAAUGAAAGAAAACAACUAGAUAAAGAUAAACAAGAGAUGGAAGAACAGAAACAGCAACUGAAGAAAGAAAGAGAUGAUGUUGACCAAAGCAGAAAAGAUCUGAAUGAAGACCUACAGAUGAUGACACUUCGGAAACAAGUGAUUGAAGAUGAGAAGAACAAGUUAGAACAGAUGAAGAUUGAGCUGCAAAGAGAAGCUGAUGAUAUCCGAAAGCUCAAAGAAGAAACACAAAAUGAGAGACAGAGUUUGGAAAAGACAGCUGAAGAACUUAAGAGAGAGAGAGAAGAUAUCGUUCAUCUUGCUGAUGAAAUGAACACAGAAACUGAAGUGAAAACUAAAGCCAUUCAAUCUGAUAGAGACAUGCUUGAGAAGGAAAAAUAUGAAAUGCAGAAAACUAAACAAGAACUUGAUAAAAUCAAAGAAGAUCUUGAAAAUCAACUUGCUGAGCAAGCAGAAAAGAAAGAAAUCAUACUGGCAGAGACACAGAAAGAGAGAGACAACCUAGAGGAGAUGAAGGAGACCAUCACAAGACAAAUACAUGAUAUUAAAAAUCAAGAGGAACAAAUGAGACAAAAACAACAUGAACUUGAGCAACUGAAAACUGAAAUGUAUAAUCAGAAACAGGAACUAGACAAUGACAGAAAUAUUAUAAUAACAGACAGAAGUCAGCUUGAUCUGAGACAAUCCGAGUUAGACAAACAACAGACAGAAGUGAGUGACAUUAUAGAAACAAUUAGGAAUGAAAGAAAACAACUAGAUAAAAAUAAACAAGAGAUGGAAGUACAGAAACAGCAACUGAAGAAAGAAAGAGAUGAUGUUGACCAAAGCAGAAAAGAUCUGAAUGAAGACCUACAGAUGAUGACACUUCGGAAACAAGUGAUUGAAGAUGAGAAGAACAAGUUAGAACAGAUGAAGAUUGAGCUGCAAAGAGAAGCUGAUGAUAUCCGAAAGUUCAAAGAAGAAACACAAAAUGAGAGACAGAGUUUGGAAAAGACAGCUGAAGAACUUAAGAGAGAGAGAGAAGAUAUCGUUCAUCUUGCUGAAGAUACAAAGAAAAAACAUGAGAUUCUGGAUGAAAUGAAAGUUGCAAUUCAGUCUUUAAUGGCAGAUCUACAAAGAGAGAAAAACAACCUUGAGCAAAUGAAAUUGAACAUCUCCAAACAAACUGAUGAUAUUGAAAAUGAGAAAGAGAAAAUAAGACUGAGAGAAGAUGAACUAGAACAACUAAAAGCAGAGAAUCAAAAACAACAAAGUGAACUGAAAAACCUCAAAGAAAUCAUCAUGACUGAGAAGCAGCAGCUUGAACUCAGAGAGACUGAAAUAGAAAAACAACAGAAGGAGCUGCAUGACAUUGUGGAGAUCGCAAAGAAUGAGAAGAGCAUUGCUGAAACUCAAAAAGCUGCAAUGAUUAGGGAAAAACAGGAUAUGAUGAUUGAGCUGAGAAAGAAGUCUGAAGAUGUUGAGCUUCAGAUGAAGGAGAUAUUGACUGAAAAGGAAAUGUUGGAAAAUGGUAGACAACUGCUGAAGAGAGACAUGGAAAUUCUGCAACAAAAAAUAGUUAAUGUAGACAGAGAUUCAGAGAGUCUGAAACUUGAGAGCGAAGCUCUGGAGAAUGAGAAGGAAAUGAUAAAACAGAUCAAAACUGACCUGCAACGAGAAACACAAGAGAUUGAGAAGAUCAGACUAGAAACACAACAUGAAAGACAAAAACUGGAGGAAAUGACAGCUCAACUCCAGAAAGAGAGAGAAGAAAUCAACAAUCUCAUUGAGGAGACAAAAAGAAAAGAUAUGGUCUUGGAUGAAAUGAACACAGAAACUGAAGUGAAAACUAAAGCCAUUCAAUCUGAUAGAGACAUGCUUGAGAAGGAAAAACAUGAUCUUGAGAAAAUCAAAAGUGAACUUGAUAAAGCCAAGGAGGAUCUUGAAAAAGAAAGAGAAAAGCAAGGAAUCAUACUGGCAGAGUUACAGAAAGAGAGAAAAAACCUUGAGGAGAUUAAGGAGACCAUCACAAGGCAAACACAUGAUAUUAAAAAUCAAGAGGAACAAAUGAGACAAAAACAACAUGAACUCGAACAACUGAAAACUGAAAUUCAUUAUCAGAAACAAGAACAAGACACUGACAGAAACAUUAUAAUAAACGACAGAAGUCAGCUUCAUCUGAGACAAUCUGAGUUAGACAAACAACAGACAGAAGUCCAUGAUAUUAUGGAAAAAAUAAGGAAUGAGAGAAGACGACUAGAUAAAGAAAAACAAGAAAUGGAAGAACAGAAACAGCAACUGAAGAAAGAAACAGAUGAUGUAGACCAAAGCAGAAAAGAUCUGGCUGAAGACCUAAAGAUGAUGACACUUCAGAAACAAGGGAUUGAAGAUGAGAAGAACAAGUUAGAACAGAUGAAGAUUGAGCUGCAAAGAGAAGCUGAGGAUAUCCGAAAGCUCAAAGAAGACACACAAAAUGAGAGACAGAGCUUGGAAAAGAUGGCUGAAGAACUUAAGAGAGAGAGAGAAGAUAUCGUUCAUCUUGCUGAAGAUACAAAGAAAAAACAUGAGAUUCUGGAUGAAAUGAAAGUUGCAAGUGAGUCUUUAAUGGCAGAUCUACAAAGAGAGAAAAACAACCUUGAGCAAAUGAAAUUGAACAUCUCCAAACAAACUGAUGAUGAACAAGACAAUGACAGAAAUAUUAUAACAAAAGACAGAAGUCAGAUUGAUCUAAGACAGUCCGAGUUAGACAAACAACAGACAGAAGUGAGUGACAUUAUGGAAAAAAAUAGGAAUGAAAGAAAACAACUAGAUAAAGAUAAACAAGAGAUGGAAGAACAGAAACAGCAACUGAAGAAAGAAAGAGAUGAUGUUAACCAAAGCAGAAAAGAUCUGAAUGAAGACCUAAAGAUGAUGACACUUCAGAAACAAGUGAUUGAAGAUGAGAAGAACAAGUUAGAACAGAUGAAGACUGAGCUGCAAAGAGAAGCUGAUGAUAUCCGAAAGCUCAAAGAAGAAACACAAAAUGAGAGACAGAGUUUGGAAAAGAUGGCUGAAGAACUUCAGAAAGAGAGAGAAGAUAUUUUUCAUCUUGAUGAAGAUACAAAGAGAAAACAAGAGAUUCUGGAUGAAAUGAAAGCUGCAAAUGAGUCUUCAAUGGCAGAUCUACAAAGAGAGAAAAACAACCUUGAGCAAAUGAGACUGGACAUCUCUAAACAAACUGAUGAAAUUGAAAAUGAGAAAGAGAAAAUUAAACUCAGAGAAGAUGAACUAGAGCAAUUAAAAGCAGAGAUUCAUAAACAACAAAGUGAAGUGGAAAAGGAAAAGAACAACAUUGAAAGUGAAAGAGCUGCAAUGAUCAGGGAAAAACAGGACAUGAUGACUGAGCUGAGAAAAAAGUAUGAAGAUGUUGAGCUUCAGAUGAAGGAGGUGUUGACUGAAAAGGAAAUGUUGGAAAAGGGUAGACAACUGCUGAAGAGAGACAUGGAAAAUCUGCAACAAAAACUAGUUAAUGUAGACAGAGAUUCGGAGAGUCUGAAACUUGAGAGAGAAGCUUUGGAGAAUGAGAAGGAAAUUAUACAACAGAUCAAAACUGACCUGCAACGAGAAACACAAGAUAUUGAGAAGAUCAGACUAGAAACACAACACGAAAGACAAAAACUGGAGGAAAUGACAGCUCAACUCCAGAAAGAGAGAGAAGAAAUCGACAAUCUCAUUGAGGAGACAAAAAGAAAAGACAUGGUCUUUGAUGAAAUGAACACAGAAAUUGAAGUGAAAACUAAAGCCAUUCAAUCUGAUAGAGACAUGCUUGAGAAGGACAAACAUGAUCUUGAGAAAAUCAAAAGUAAACUUGCUAAAGCCAAGGAGGAUCUUGAAAAAGAAAGAGAAAAGCAAGGAAUCAUACUGGCAGAGAUACAGAAAGAGAGAGCCUCCCUAAAGGAGAUGAAUGAGACCAUCACAAGACAAAUACAUGAUAUUAAUAAAGAUCAAGAGGAAAAAAUGAGACAAAAACAACAUGAACUUGAACAACAGAAAACUGAAAUUCAUAAUCAGAAACAAGAACAAGACAAUGACAGAAACAUUAUAAUAAAAGACAGAAGUCAGCUUGAUCUGAGACAAUCCGAGUUAGACAAACAACAGACAGAAGUGAGUGACAUUAUGGAAAAAAUGAGGAAUGAAAGAAAACAACUAGAUAAAAAUAAACAAGAGAUGGAAGAACAGAAACAGCAAGUGAAGAAAGAAAGAGAUGAUGUUGACCAAAGCAGAAAAGAUCUGAAUGAAGACCUAGAGAUGAUGACACUUCAGAAACAAGUGAUUGAAGAUGAGAAGAACAAGUUAGAACAGAUGAAGAUUGAGCUGCAAAGAGAAGCUGAUGAUAUCCGAAAGCUCAAAGAAGAAACACAAAAUGAGAGACAGAGUUUGGAAAAGAUGGCUGAAGAACAUAAGAAAGAGAGAGAAGAUAUUGUUCAUCUUGAUGAAGAUACAAAGAAAAAUAAUAAAAUCCUGGAUGAAAGGAAAGUUGCAAAUGAGUCUUUAAUGGCAGAUCAACAAAGAGAGAAAAACAACCUUGAGCAAAUGAGACUGAACAUCUCCAAACAAACUGAUGAAAUUGAAAAUGAGAAAGAGAAAAUUAAACUCAGAGAAGAUAAACUAGAGAUACUACAAGCAGAGAUUCAUAAACAACAAAGUGAAGUGGAAAAGGAAAAGAACAACAUUGAAAGUGAAAGAGCUGCAAUGAUCAGGGAAAAACAGGACAUGAUGACUGAGCUGAGAAAAAAGUAUGAAGAUGUUGAGCUUCAGAUGAAGGAGGUGUUGACUGAAAAGGAAAUGUUGGAAAAUGGUAGACAACUGCUGAAGAGAGACAUGGAAAAUCUGCAACAAAAACUAGUUAAUGUAGACAGAGAUUCAGAGAGUCUGAAACUUGAGAGAGAAGCUUUGGAGAAUGAGAAGGAAAUUAUACAACAGAUCAAAACUGACCUGCAACGAGAAACACAAGAUAUUGAGAAGAUCAGACUAGAAACACAACACGAAAGACAAAAACUGGAGGAAAUGACAGCUCAACUCCAGAAAGAGAGGAAAGAAAUCAAUGAUCUCAUUGAGGAAAUUAAAAAGAAGGGAGAUAUUCUUGAUGAAACCUAUACUGAAAUACAAAGAGAACAAGAAGCAAUUGAGAGAGGCAACGACUUGAUUAGAAGGGAACGGUCUGACUUAGAGAAAACCAAAGCUGAGAUGUCUCAAACCAAGGAAGAGCUUGAAAAACAGCUUUCUGAACAAAAAACAAACAUUGAGAUCACACUGGCAGAGAUACAACAAGAUAGAAACAUGCUUGAACAGAUGAGUGAGAAAAUAACUAAAGAAAAAAUGGCACUUAAAGAUGAAAAGCAAGAGUUACGAAUAGAAAAGGAAGAACUUGAAAGAAUGCGGGCAGACAUCGAAAGAAAACAAGGAGAUAUUGAUCACCUGAGGUUUGGCAUAACAGAAGAAAGUCUGCUUGAGAAAUCAGAGGCUGAAAUGGUUCUUCAACAGAGUGACGUGGAUGUAGUGAAAUCUUUAACAGACAAAGAAAUGUCAGAUCCAGAUGGAAAAAGUGUCUUGAUGGAGCAGAUGCUGGAAAUGGACUUAAAAGAUGCAUUAGAAACAGAUGUUGAGAGCCAAAAGUCAGACUUACCUGAAGCUGAGGAUUUACCUCAUAAACAGGAGAUGAUGUUAGAGAAGAAGUUUAUUGAAGAUGAAAAGGACAAACUGGAACAGAUGAGAGCUGAACUGCAAAGUGAAGCCGAACACAUUGAAAUGGAAAAGCAGGAUAUGCAAAAUGAAAGACAGAAGCUAGAAGAAAUGUCAGCUCAACUUCAGGAAGAGAGAAGUAAUCUUGAAAGCCUUAACGAGGAGAUUAAUGUUAAAAAAUGUAAUCAACAAAAGCAAGCAACUGAGUUUGAAAUGGAGAAGACUGAUUUAGAGAAAAUCAAAACAGAAAUUGCUAAAGCCAACAAACUUCUUGCAGAACAGCAAGAAAAGAAUGAAAAGACAAUAAAAGAGAUGCGGACAGAGAGGGACGCUCUUGAAGAAAUGAGGGUGAAAAUAUCAAAACAAGUGGAGACUAUUCAAAAAGCGAAUGAAAGUCUUUCUCGCAGAGAAACUGAACUUGCAAAGCUGCAGGAAAACAUUUUACAACAACAACAUGAAAUGGACGAACUGAAAAACACAAUCAUGAUGGAAAUGAGUCAACUGGACCAGAGACAAACUGACAUUGAUCUAUUACAGCGAGAGGUUGACGAUCUAAUGGAAUUCACAAAGACAGAAAUGACAAACGUAGAAAGAGAAAGAGUGGAAAUGAUGGCACAGAAGAGAAAUAUAGAGAGAGAGAUAGUCAGUCUAGAGGAAGAAAAGGAUACAUGUGAACAACUGAGACUAAAAUUACUGGAGGAAAACGAUCAGGUUGAAAAAGACAGAGAGCUGUUGACCAAAAAUGUUGAUCUUAUGGAGAGGCAAAAAGUGGAUCUGGAGAAAGAAUUAAAUAAUCUAAAAGUUGAGAAACACACAUUUGAAAAUGAGAAGGAGGAACUAGAGAGGAUGAAAACCGACCUUCAAAAACAAGCUGAAGACUUGGAGAAACUAUCUGAGAAGACAAACAAUGAAAGACGGAGGGCAGAAGAGAUGGCAGCCAAAUUUAAAAAGCAAUUAGACGUCAGUGGCAUUCCAGCGGACUACCAACAGGCGGAAGAGCUCAUGGAUGAGACAGAGAAGCAAAGAAAGGAAAUUCAGUCUGCCAAAGACUUGCUUCAAGAAGAAAGAUCUGAGCUGGAGAAAACCAAGGCAGACAUAAACCAAGCCAAGGAAGAACUAGAUAGACAAAAAACUGACUUGCAGAGAGAUAAAGACAUUCUCAAGCAAAGGAGUACAAAUAACUUGAGACAAAUAGCUCAAAUUGAAGAUAAGAAGGAAAAAAUACAACACAAAGAGAAUGAACUAGAACAAAUGAGAACAGAACUUCAAAAUAAACAAAAAGAAAUGGAUGACAUGAAAAACAAAAUAAAAGAAAAGGCUGAUUUUGAGAAUCUGGAACAAAAGAGAGCUGAGUUGGCUAGAGACUUGGAAAACCUCCAAAAUGAGAAACAAGCUUAUAAAAAUGAGCAAGACGAGCUAGAAAAGAAGAGAGAUGAUAUUAAAAAGUUGAAGCUAGAAGUUCAGAAAGAAAGGCAGAGGGCUGCACAAGAGUUAGAAAAAGAGAGGCAACAAUUUGCUAAGGAUGACACCCUGGAUGAAAUACAAGCUGAGAUAGAAAGACAAAAACUAGCCAUUGCUGUAGACAAAGCGAUUGUUAUUAAGGAAAAUAUGGAUCUGGAAAAAACCAAGGAACAUUUCAAAAGACAAUCCGAGGAGAGUGACAUCACUCGUGCAAACCUGCAGAAAGAGAGAGAGAGUCUUGAUCAGAUGAGAGUGGAGAUCUUAAAGCAAAAACAUGACAUGGAGAGAGAAAGAGGUGAACUGUUAGAGCAGUGUCAGCUGAUGGAGACACUAAAGAAGGACACUGAAAAUGUGGAACAGCUGAGGAAAGAGCUUUUGAAUGAAAAUGAAUUGACUGAGAAAAGCAGAACGCAACUGAAACGAGACAUAGAUGAUAUGGAACAAAAUAAAUCAAAUCUGCAUAAAGAAUUAGAGGAGUUAAAAGUUCAAAAACAGGAUAUUCAAGAUGAAAGAGUUCAACUAGAGCGAAUGAAAGCCGAGUUAGCAAAAGAAAGAAAAGCAAAUGACAAAAUGUUGAGAGAGGCUAAACAAGAAAUGGAGAAAUAUGAGGAGAUCAAAACAAAUAUUCUAAUCCAAAAAGAAGAGUUUGAGACUAAAAGACAAUCAGAAGUAGAGGAACUUAUUGGUAUGAGAGCAGAAAUACUCAGUCAGAAAGAGGAAUUAGAGGACAAGAUGAAAAAGACUAAACGUGAGAUGAAAGAAUUGAAGCUUCUUCAGGAUGAAACUGAUAGCAAGAGGAAAGAUCUUGAUGAUAAGAUGAGACAGGCAGCGAGAAAGAGAGAUGAGCUGGAGAAAAUGAGAGCUGAUAUUGAAAGUGCAAAUGAGAAACUUGAAAUGGACAGAGUCAUGUUAAGUAUAGAGCGUGAUGACAUGGAUCAAAUGAAAGCUGAGAAACAACGAGCGGGAGAAGAACUACAAUCUCAUACGGAAGAAAGAGGUGGAGAUCUGGAAGAGAAAGAACAAAUAAACACCAAGAUACAGAGGCUUAUUCAAGAGGCUGAAAAGACUAGGGAAAUGGCCUGGAGAACAAAACAUGACCUGGAAAGAAGCAUGCAGAGAGAUGUUAAUGUUCAAGCGGAUUCAGAGGAAAGGCAAAAAAUUAGUGCUUACAUGCAGAGGCUGAUCCAGGAAAUUGAGCAUGUCAGAGAGGUUCUCAGAAGAAUGAAAGAUGAAGUCAAGGCUGCUAGAAAUGAAAGAUUUGAACUGGAGAACAUGAGACUGGAAGUCGAAGCCAUGAAACAGGGCAUGAAGGAAACCUAUGAGCAACAGAACAAGGAGAUACAAAAAAAGAAGCAGCAAAUUGAGAGUACCAAAGACUUGUUGAGCAAAGAGCGAAAUGAUCUUGAGCAAAAUAGAGCUGAUUUGGAGAGACAAAAACAAGAAAUGGCAUUGGACAAUCAAAAACUUAAUGACGAAAAUGAACUGCUGAAGAAAGAAAAUGUUGACAUGAAGAAACAAUAUGAAAUUCUCAAAAACCUUCUAGAAGAAACAACUAGAGAAAGCACAGUACAAACAGUUAAACCUUCCAGAAAAAAGAAAGUAAUGAGGAGAGAUUCAGAGGAAUUAAGGGAGAAAAUGGAAUCAUUGGACGACCAGCAAGAAGAGAGUAAGAGUCAGACAGAUGACAUUAACAGACAAAUAGACAAACUGACAGAGUUGAAGGCUGAGCUGGAUCAACAGCAGGUAGAACUUCAGAAAACUAAAGCAGACUUAAAACAUCAGAUGGAUGAGCUAGAAAACAUGAGGUUUGAGAUAUUACAGCAUGAAAAGGACACGAGAGAGUUGGAGCUGAUGGAUAUACAGAGCCAGAGAAAAGUCAUAGAAACAAGGAUUCAGAAAAUGACGCAUGAGAAGGGAGAACUGGAAGUCUUAAGGUCUGAAAUAGUCCUAGAAAAGAAAGAUCUGGACCAGAUGAUGAAACAAGUGAUACGAAAGAGGGAUGAGGUGGAGAAAAUGAAGACUGAGAUAGCAAAGGCGAGAGAGGAGAUCAACAGAGAGCGGCAGGAGCUGGAAAUACUCAGGAAUGAUGUUCAAAGUGCAAGAGAGGAUAUAGAGCUAUUGGUGGAGAAAACUGUGAAUCUAGAAGAUGACGAAAGUACCAAUGCUGACAUCCAAAGACUAAUUUUAGAGGUUGUGAAAAUCAGGGAAAUGGUGAGAAAUCUAAAAGUUGACAUGGAGAGCAGGAUGGAGGAAGGUAAGGUGGUGAGAGAUGAAAAGGAAAACUUCAAGUCUGAGAUCCAGAGGCUCAUUCAAGAUAUUGGACAAAUACGGGAAAAUCUUGGAAGCCUUAGAAAAGAGAUAGAAACCACCAGAAGAGACAAGAAUGAAUUGGAGAAGAUGAGAGCAGAGCUUGCAGAAAAGCAACACGAGGAAGAGAGCAUGAAAGAAAUGCUACAGAAAGAAAGAGAAGAACUGGAGCAGCGGAAGGAUGAGAUAAACAGAGAAAAUGAGGAUGUGGAGACCAAAAGAGAGCUGGUUAAGGUAGAAAUAACUAAAGAAAUAACGGAAGAGUUUAAGGACACAAGAAAGAACAAGGAAGAACUGCAAAAUGUUUUUGAGGAACUAUUGAGAAACAAGAGUGAUCUGGAACAGCUCAACAGAGAUAUACAAAGCCUAUGGCAAACCAUGGAAGAAAUGAAAACCCUGCAUGAAAAGAAAAGGGCUGAACUGGAAGGCAUUACUUCUGAAGUAAAGAGAGGAGAGCAGAUACUGGAGAAGCAGAAACAUGAGUUGGAAGAGAAAAGUUGGAUUGUUGAAGAAAUAGAGAAAAAGAAAGAUACACUUGAAAAGAUCAAUAUGGAAAUACUGAGGAAGCAAAAAGAUAUAGAAAAAGAAAUGAACAAUUUAAGGCAAGAGAAGCAAGAGCUGGAGCUCUCUAGAAGUGAACUACAGAGACAGAUAAUUAAUGUUGAAUCUUCAAAACAUGCUUUGAUUAUGGAGAAGGAUCGGUUAGAAGAUGAACAAGCUGAAAUCAAUCACCAGAGGCAUGAAGUGAGUGCUGCCAUGAAGGCUUAUGAUGUGGAGCUGAAAAAUCUAGAAAAGAUUAAGAAUGAACUAGAAAACGAGAGGGCUAAACUUGAGGAAAAGCUCCACAUUGCUGCAAAAAUGGAGGAGAAACUACAGGAAAUGAAGAGUGAACUAAACAAAGAAAAAGAGCAAGUGGAAGAAAUGAAGCAAAUGGUCAGCACAGAGAGACAUUUGAUUGAACAAAAGAAUGCUGAGCUUCAGAAAAAGUCAGAGAUCACCGACAAACUCAUUCAGGAAGCAAACAAUGAGAGAGACAGAUUAACAGACCUCAGUCUAAAACUUCACACACAACGAGAAGAUAUAGAGAAUAUCAUCACAGAAAUAGAGACCAAGAAGAAAGAUCUCAAUAUAAUCAGUGCAGAACUUCAAGAUGAUAAGAAACGACUGAAAAAUGGCAGGGAUGUUUAUGAAAGGGAAAUGACACAUCUGCAGCUUAAGAGGGAAGCGUUAGAGAGAGAAACAGGGGACCUGGAAAGAAAAGCCUUACAACAGAAAGAGCAAGAUGAGAUGGCGAAGCAAGAGAUUCAAAAUCACAAAGAGGCUCUAGAACAAAUUAAGGUGGACAUUCUGAAGGAAAGAGAUGAUGUUGACAAAGAGAAGAAUAAUGUAUAUUCAGAAAAACAGAAACUGGAUACACUUCGAGAAGAACUGCAAAGAAAGGAAAGUGAGCUUGAAAACAAAGUAAAAUCUUUCAUGGAAGAGCAGCAGCAGCUGAAACAGAUUCAAGAUGAAAUGUAUAAAAUCAAGAAGGAGAUUCAAAGUAAUCUGGAAAGAAAGGAGGCUGAAAUUCAAGAGGAGAAACAGCAAUUAAUGGAAAUGGGUGAAACAAUUACAAGAGAACGCAAUGAAUACAGAAAGCUGACUGAAGAAGUACAGAAAGAAAAAGAGUGGCUUGAAAUCAGCAAAACGUUGAUGGAUCAAGAGAAGGCUGAACUUGAAAACAUGAAAAAUUAUCUGGAGAAGCAAUUACAAAAUCUAAGACAUGAGAAACUGAAUGUACAAGAUGAGAAGAAUGCACUAGAACAGAUAAGAGCAGAAUCCAAAGAGAUUCAAAAUGUUAUCAAGAAGGAAAGAAAGGAUCUAGAGAAAUGCUGGCUGGAAAUUGAGGGUGAAAGGCAAAGAGUGGAGGAAGAAAUCAGACAAUUAGAGAGACAGAGGGAAGAAACUAACAAACUUCACAGUGAGUUGCAAAUAAGUAGAUAUGACAUUAAAAGUAAGAAAGAAAAGAUUGAUAAAGAAAUGGAAGAAUUAUUGCAAAUGAGGGUUGACCUGGAGAGAACAAAAGUAGAAAUUGAAAAGGAUAAUCAACGACUUCAAGAAGAUAAAUGUAAUCUUGAAAAGACAAAAGCGGAGAUAAAGAUACAGACAGAUAAAAUGAUAAUAAUAGACACCAACCUAAAAGAGAAAGAAAGAGAAAUUAAAAUCCAACUAGAUAAAGACAGAGAAGAAAUUAAAUGUUUGUCUGAAGAGACUGAAAUGAAAAUGAGGGACCUUGAUAAGACGAUAAAGGAGAUGGAGAGACAAAAGCAAGAAAUUGAUAAAACAAAAGUGAUGCUUGAAAAGGAAAAGACAGAAAUUGACAAAGAAAAGAAAGACUUGGAAAAACAAAUGAUGGACCAGAUUGAGCAGAUACAAAAGGACAGACUGGCACUUGAGGAGAUGAAGAAAGAACUUCUUCGUGAAAAACAAGAAACAGAGGAAGAGAGAAAUAACUUGAUGACUUUAAGAAACAAACUAGAAGCUUUAAGAGCAGAGAUACAGAACAAGCAAAAUGAAAAUGACAUUUGGAAGAAGGAACUUAUUUUGGAAAAAUCAAACAUUGAGGAACGGCAGGUCGAGGUACUCAACCAGCAGCGACAGAAUGAUCAAACCAGUGAGGAAAACAAAAAAGAGAGAGAAGAUCUGGAAAAACAGAGAUUUGAAACUGAACAGCAGAAACAGAUGUUGGAGCUUAACAUCAUAAAAAUGAAUGAAGAGAAGCAAAUACUUCAGAAAGCCAAAGAAGAAAUGGAAAACAUAAAAUACAUGACCAACAAAGAAAGAGACAAGGUUGAACAAAUGCAAGGUGAAAUACACCAUCAGAUUCAGUCCAUUGAACUACAAAAGCAAUGCAUGCAAGACAAGCAGAAUGCUCUUGAUGAAAAAGAGCUAAACAUACAGAGGAAGGAGGGAGUAAUAGAGAAGAGAAACAUAGAAUUACAUGGGAUCGCUGCUCAGCUUCACAUUGAACAGGAACAUUUAGAUAAUGUUCCUGAGGAAACCAAUAAGAUACAGCAUGCCCUUGAAGAGAUGCAGGUUGAUAUAGAACUGCAAAAACAAGAAAUUAAUAAGGACUAUGAGUUGCUUAAGAAGAUACGGCAUGAAAUAGACAAUGAAAAUACAGAAAUGAAGCAGAAAAAAGAUGAUCUGCAGAUCUGGACUAAACAACAGAAAGAUAAGGUUCAAGUCCAUUUAGAAGAGCUAGAGAAAGAAAGAGAAAAACUGGAAAAAAUUAAGAUAAAGCUUCUUACUGAGAGAGAGCAAACUGAAAAAGAGAAAGCUGAUAUAAAUAGGGUAAACGAUGAAAUAGAAUCAAUGAGACAAAGAGUGAUAAUUCAGAAGACUGAGCUGGAGCAGAGAGAGAAAUAUAUUACGGAGCAGCAGCAAAGACUGGAUCAAAUUGUAAGAGAGAUAACGGAAGAAAGAAGGGAAAUGGAUAAGUUGAGGAUUGAACUAGAAGCUCAGAGACAAAGAAUGCAAGAGGACAUGAAGACUUUUGCAAAGCAGGAAAGAGAACUCUCACAACUGAGAGAUGAAAUACAAACAGAAAAACAAGACAUUGGUGAAAACAGGAACACAACUAACAAGUUAAUGAAAGAUCUGGAAAUCACGAAAGCCAAGCUUGUGGAACAACAAGAAGUGAUCCGAACUGAAGCAGAAAAACUCCAAGAGGAAAGAAAACUGGUUGACCAGACAAAAUCUGAGGUGCAGAAUGAUGCUGAAAAUUUGAAAAGCAUCUUAGAAGAGAUCAAAAGGGAGCAAGAAAAUAUGGAGAUAAGGGAGUCCCACCUUAAACAAAUGAUGGAUCAAUGUGCCAAUACCAUGGAAGAAAAUAUGAGGAAUAAGAGUGAACUAGAAAAGACUAUUGAUGACAUAGAAGAGCAAAAUCAACUGAUUAAGACUGAGAAAGACCGUCUGAAAAAAGAGAGAAAUAACACUGAAAAGGAAAAAGAAGAUUUGCAAAGACAAGCUGAUGACCUGGAGACGCACAUGACAGAACAAAAAGAAAAAGAAGAGAUGAGUAAAAUAUCAAUGAAUGAAGAGAAAAAGCUUCUUGAGGAAAAAGCUAGCGAAAUUCUGAGACAGAGAGAUGAAAUAGAGAAAGAAAAAGAGGACAUGAUGAAGAAGUGGAAUGAGCUGGAUGUUCUCCAGAAGACAUUACAAAAACAAAGAGACGAAAUGGAAGAAAUCAAAUAUGAGUUAGAGACUGAAAAGGCUGAAAUUAAUCAACAGCGGCGAAGACUGGAGGAGAGUAUAAAAGCUGUGAACGAGGAGAGGAGAGAUCUGGAGAACAUGAGGAAUGAAUCUGAAGAAUAUAGACAACAAAUGGAUGAAGAGAUAAGUGUAAAACUAAAGAUGGAGAGAGAGGAACUUGAUCAGAUGAAGAGUGAUCUGGAAAGACUGAAAACUGAAAUAGAUCAUGAGCAGAAGAAAAUAAAUGAUGACAGAAAUAUGAUUGAACAAGGAAGAAAUUACAUGGAGGAGAUGAGGUCUGAAAUAAUGUUACAAAGAAAGCAAAUAGAAGAAGAGAGAGAGGAACUUGACAACAAAAUAAAACAGACUGAUCUAGAAAAAUGUGACAUUGAGAAGAGCAAAGAAAUUUUACAGAAGAUACUGGAUGAGGUAGAAGAACAGAGAAAUUAUAUUAAACUCCAUGAAGAAAAACUUGAACUUGAGAGACAAAAGAUAAAUGAUGAAAAAGAUUGUCAGGCUCAAAUAAAGACUAAACUGCAAAAAGAGAGUGAACAAAUCAGAUGCAUGGAAGAUGAAAUAAAAAAGAAGAGAGAAACACUGAAAGAAAUGGAAGCUCUUCUACAAAAGGAAAAGGAAGAACUUGAGAGUGUCACUGAAGAAACAAAUAGACGAAAAGAAAACCUGGAAAUGAUGAGCGCAAACAUAAAUGAACAAAAACUAGAGCUGAGAAAAUACAGAGAGCUUCUAGAGCAAGAGAAAGAUGAAAUAAACAAUAAAUGGAUAACGUUACAGCAGAGAAUUGAUGAAUUUCAUACUCAAGUCAGACAACAGAAGGAAAAGGAUUUAAUGAAACAGGAGGAGAUGGAAGAAGAAAGAAAAAGUCUAGAACAGACCAAAGUCAAGAUCCUGCAGCUGAAGACUAAAGCUGAGCAAGAACAGCAAGACAUAAGCCUAAAAAUACAAGAGUUGAACACAAUGCAAGAACAUAUUAUGAAAGAAAAGGAGAAAGAAAAAGAAAUGAGAGUAAAAGCAAAGAUGGAGAGAGAAGAACUUGAUCAGAUAAAGAGGGAAUUGGAACGAGAGAAAACGGAAAUGGAAAAUGACAGGAAGAUGAUUGAACAGGAAAGAGAAGACCUGGAGAAGAUGCGGUCUGAAACAAUGACACAAAGAGAAAAAAUGGAAGACAUUAGAGAAGCAAUCAAAUUAGAGAGAUCAGCACUUGUCCAGAAAACAAAAGAGAUUGAUCUAGAAAAGAAUAAAAAGUACAAAGAAAAAGUUCAGAAACUAUUGGACCAGGUGGACGAACAGAGAAAUUAUAUUACACUCCAAAAAGAAGAACUAGACUCGCUGAAAGCACAUAUUAUAAAAGAAAAAGAAAUUAGCAUAAAAGCAAAGAUGGAAAGAGAGGACCUUGACCAGAUAAGGAGUGAACUGGAAAGAGAGAAAUCUGAAAUUGAUCAUGAGCAGAAGAAAAUGAAUAAUGACAGAAAGGUGAUUGAACAGGAAAGAAACAACCUGGAGAAGAUGAAGUCUGAAAUAGUGACACAAAGAGAACAAAUGGAAAAACACUUGACAGAGACUAUCAAAAUAGAAAGAUCAGCACUUGACCAGAAAAUGCAAAAUAUUGAUCUAGAAAAGGAUGAAACUGAAAAGAACAAAGAAAUAGUUCAGAAAUUAAUGGAUAAAGUAGAAGAGCAGAGCAAUUAUAUUAAACUCCAGAAAGAAGAACUUGACCUUGAAAGACAAAAUAUCACUGAUGAAAAAUAUCUUCUAGCUCAAAGUAAGACAGAGCUGCAAAAAGAAAGCAAACAAAUAAAAUACAUGGAGGAGGAAAUAAAGAAGGAGAGAGAAACACUGAAGGAAAUGGAAGCUCAUUUACAAAAGGAAAAGGAAGAAAUUGAGAGUGUCACUGAAGAAACAAAGAGAAAGAAAGAGGAUCUGGAUGAACAAAAACAAGAGUUGAAGAACUGCAGAGACCUUCUAGAACAAGAAAGAGAAGAAAUAAACAAAAAAUGGACACAGUUACAACUGAGAUUUGAUGAAUUUGAUGCUCAAGUCAGUAAACAGAAGGAAGAUUAUAUGAUGGAACAAAAAAAGAUGGAAGAAGAAAGAGAAAGUCUAGAAGAAACCAAAGCUAAGAUCCUGGAGCUGAAGACUAAAGCGGAACAGGAUCAGAUUAUGAAAGAAAAAGAGAAAGAAGAAGAAGAAAUGAGAGUUAAAGCAAACAUGGAGAAGGAAAAUCUUGAUCACAUAAAGAGUGAACUGGAAAUAGAGAAAACUGAAAUAGAUCAUGAGCAGACGAAAAUGGAUGAUGACAGCAAUAUGAUUGAACAGGAAAGAAAAGAACUGCAUAAGAUGAGGUCUGACAUGAUGACAGAGAGAGAGCAAAUGGAACACAUGAGAGAAACAAUCAAACUUGAGAGAUCGGCACUUGAACAGAAAAUGCAAAAGAUUGAUCUAGAAAAGGAUGAAAUUGAAAGCAAUAAAGAAAUAGUUCAGAAAUCAAUGGAUAAUGUAGGAGAGCAGAUACAUUAUAUUAAACUCCAGAAAGAAGAAAUUGACCUUGAAAGACAAAAGACCAGUGAUGAAAAAUAUCUUCUAGCUCAAAGUAAGACAGAGCAGCAAAAAGAAAGUGAACAAAUCAAAUACAUGGAGGAGGAAAUAAAGAAGGAGAGAGAAACACUGAAGGAAAUGGAAGCGCACCUACAAAAGGAAAAGGAAGAACUUGAGAGUGUCACUGAAGAAACAAAGAGACAGAAAAAGGAUCUGGAAAAGAUGAGCACAAACAUAAAUGAACAAAAACAAGAGUUGAGUAAAUACAGAGCGCUUCUAGAGCAAGAGAAAGAUGAAAUAAACAAUAAAUGGACACAGUUACAGCAGAGAAUUAAUGAAUUUGAUACUCAAGUCAGACAACAGAAGGAAAAGGAUUUAAUGAAACAGGAGGAGAUGGAAGAAGAAAGAAAAAGUCUAGAACAGACCAAAGUUAAGAUCCUGCAGCUGAAGACUAAAGCUGAGCAGGAACAACAAGACAUAAGCCUAAAAAUACAAGAAUUGAACACACUGCAAGAACAUAUUAUGGAAGAAAAAGAGAAAGAAGAAGAAAUGAGAAUUAGAAUAAAAGCAAAGAUGGAAAGAGAGGAACUUGACCAGAUAAGGAGUGAACUGGAAAGAGAGAGAUCUGAAAUUGAUCAUGAGAAGAACAAAAUGAAUAAUGACAGAAAGGUGAUUGAACAGGAAAGAAACAACCUGGAGAAUAUGAAGUCUGAAAUAGUGACACAAAGAGAACAAAUGGAAAAACACUUGACAGAGACUAUCAAACUAGAAAGAUCAGCACUUGACCAGAAAAUGCAAAAGAUUGAUCUAGAAAAGGAUGAAACUGAAAAGAACAAAGAAAUAGUUCAGAAAUUAAUGGAUAAAGUAGAAGAGCAGAGAAAUUAUAUUAAACUCCAGAAAGAAGAACUUGACCUUGAAAGACAAAAGAUCACUGAUGAAAAAUAUCUUCUAGCUCAAAGUAAGACAGAGCUGCAAAAAGAAAGAGAACAAAUCAAAUACAUGGAGGAGGAAAUAAAGAAGGAGAGAGAAACACUGAAGGAAAUGGAAGCUCAUCUACAAAAGGAAAAGGAAGAAAUUGAGAAAAUUAAGAGUGUCAUUGAAGAAACAAACAGACGAAAAGAAGAUCUGGAAAAAAUGAACACAGACAUAAAUAAACAAAAACAAGAGCUUAAGAACUGCAGAGACCUUCUAGAAGAAGAAAGAGAAGAAUUAAACCAAAAAUGGACACAGUUACAACUGAGAAUUUAUGAAUUUGAUGCUCAAGUCAGUAAACAGAAGGAAGAUUAUAUGAAUGAACAGAAAAAUAUGGAAGAAGGAAGAAAAAGUCUAGAAGAAACCAAAGCUAAGAUCCUGGAGCUGAAGACUAAAGAUGAACAGGAACAGAUUAUGAAAGAAAAAGAGAAAGAAGAAGAAAUGAGAGUUAAAUCAAACAUGGAGAAGGAAAAACUUGAUCACAUAAAGAGUGAAUUGGAAAGAGAGAAAACGGAAAUAGAUCAUGAGCAGAAGAAAAUGGAUGAUGACAGAAAUAUGAUUGAACAGGAAAGAAAAGAACUGCAUAAGAUGAGGUCUGACAUGAUGACAGAGAAAGAGCAAAUGGAAGACAUGAGAGAAGCAAUCAAACUUGAGAGAUCGGCACUUGAACAGAAAAUGCAAAAGAUUGAUCUAGAAAAGGAUGAAAUUGAAAGGAACCAAGCAAUAGUUCAGAAAUCAAUGGAUAAAGUAGAAGAGCAGAGAAAUUAUAUUAAACUCCAGAAAGAAGAACUUGACCUUGAAAGACAAAAGAUCACUGAUGAAAAAUAUCUUCUAGCUCAAAGUAAGACAGAGUUGCAAAAAGAAAGUGAACAAAUCAAAUACAUGCAGGAGGAAAUAAAGAAGGAGAGAGAAACACUGAAGGAAAUGGAAGCUCAUCUACAAAAGCAAAAGGAAGACACUGAGAGUGUCACUGAAGAAACAAAGAGACAGAAAGAGGAUCUGGAAAAGAUGAACACAAACAUAAAUGAACAAGAACAAGAGUUGAGUAAACACAUAGAGCGUCUAGAGCAAGAGAAAGAUGAAAUAAACAAUAAAUGGAUACCGUUACAGCAGAGAAUUUAUGAAUUUGAUACUCAAGUCAGACAACAGAAGGAAAAGGAUUUAAUGAAAGAGGAGGAGAUGGAAGAAGAAAGAAAAUGUCUAGAACAGACCAAAGUCAAGAUCCUGGAGCUGAAGACUAAAGCUGAGCAGGAGCAUCAAGACAUAAGCCUAAAAAUACAAGAGUUGAAUACACUGCAAGAACAUAUUAUGAAACAAAGAGAGAAAGAUGAAGAAAUUAGAGUAAAAACAAAGAUUGAGAGAGACAAAUUUGAUAAGAUAAUAAAGGAAUUGGAAGGAGAGAAAACUGAAAUGGACAAUGAUAAGAAGAUGAUUGAACUGCAAAGAAAAGACCUGCAAAAGAUAAGGUCUGACAUAAAGACAGAAAGAAAGCAAAUGGAAGUCAUGAGAGAAGCAAUCAAAUUAGAAAGAUCAGCACUUGUCCAGAAAAUACAAGAUAUUGAUCUAGAAAAGGAUGAAAUUGGAAAGAACAAAGAGAGAGUUAAAAAAUUAAUGGAUAAGGUAGAAGAGCAGAGAAAUUAUAUUAAACUCCAGAAAGAAGAACUUGACCUUGAAAGACAAAAGAUCAAUGAUGAAAAUGUUAUUCUAGCUCAAAGUAAGACAGAGCUGCAAAAAGAAAGCAAACAAAUCAAAUACAUGGAGGAGGAAUUAAAGAAAGAGAGAGAAACACUGAAGGCAAUGGAAGCGCACCUACAAAAGGAAAAGGAAGACAUUAAGAGUGUCAAUGAAGAAAUAAACAGAGAGAAAAAGGAUCUGGCAAAGAUGAACACAAACAUAAAUGAACAAGAACAAGAGUUGAGUAAAUACAGAGAGCUUCUAGAGCAGGAGACAGAAGAACUGAACAAUAAAUGGACACAGUUACAGCAGAAACUUGAUGAAUUUGAUACUCAAGCCAGGCAACAGAAGGAACAAGGUUUCAUGAAACAGAAUGAAAUGGAAGAAGAAAGAAAAAGUGUAGAACAGACCAAAUUCAAGGUCCUGGAGCUGAAGACUAAAGCUGAGCAGGAACAACAAGACAUAAGCCUAAAAAUACAAGAGUUGAACACACUGCAAGAACAUAUUAUGAAAGAAAAAGAGAAAGAUGAAGAAAUGAGAGUAAAAGCAAAGAUAGAGAGAGAAGAACUUGAUCAGUUAAAGAGGGAAUUGGAACGAGAGAAAACUGAAAUGGAAAAUGACAGGAAGAUGAUUGAACAGGAAAGAAAAGACCUGCAAAAGAUAAGGGCUGACAUAAUGACAGAAAGAAAGCAAAUGGAAGACAUGAGAGAAGCAAUCAAAUUAGAGAGAUCAGCACUUGUCCAGAAAAUACAAGACAUUGAUCUAGAAAAGGAUGAAAUUGGAAAGAACAAAGAAAUAGUUCAGAAAUUAAUGGAUGAAGUAGAAGAGCAGAGAAAUUAUACUAAACUCCAGAGAGAAGAACUUGACCUUGAAAGACAAAAGAUCAAUGAUGAAAAUUUUAUUCUAGCUCAAAGUAAGACAGAGCUGCAAAAAGAAAGCAAACAAAUCAAAUACACGGAGGAGGAAUUAAAGAAAGAGAGAGAAACACUGAAAGAAAUGGAAGCUCAUCUACAAAAGCAAAAGGAAGAAAUUGAGAGUGUCACUGAAGAAACAAAGAGACAGAAAGAGGAUCUGGAAAUGAAUACAGACAUAACUGAACAAAAACGAGAGCUGAAGAAUUGCAGAGACCUUCUAGAACAAGAAAGAGAAGAAUUAAACCAUAAAUGGACACAGUUACAACUGAAAAUGGAUGAAUUUGAUUCUCAAGUCAGUAAACAGAAGGAAGAAUAUCUAACAGAACAAAAGGAAAUAGAAGAAGAAAGAAGAGGUCUAGAAGAGACCAAAGUCAAGCUUCUGGAGCUGAAAACUAAAGCUGAGCAGGAACAUCAAGACAUAAGCCUAAAAAUGCAAGAGUUGAACACACUGCAAGAACAAAUUAAGAAAGAACAAGAGAAAGAAGAAGAAAUGAGAGUAAAAGAAAAGAUGGAGAGAGAAGAACUUGAUCACAUAAAGAGUGAACUGGAAAGAGAGAAAACGGAAAUAGAUCAUGAGCAGAAGAAAAUGGAUGAUGACAUCAAGACGAUUGAACAGGAAAGAAAAGAACUGCAUAAGAUGAGGUCUGACAUGAUGACAGAGAAAGAGAAAAUGGAAGACAUGAGAGAAGCAAUCAAACUUGAGAGAUCGGCACUUGAACAGAAAAUGCAAAAGAUUGAUCUAGAAAAGGAUGAAAUUGAAAGGAACCAAGCAAUAGUUCAGAAAUCAAUGGAUAAAGUAGAAGAGCAGAUAAAUUAUAUUAAACUCCAGAAAGAAGAACUUGACCUUGAAAGACAAAAUAUCAAUGAUGAAAAUGUUAUUCUAGCUCAAAGUAAGACAGAGCUACAAAAAGAAAGUGAACAAAUCAAAUACAUGGAGGAGGAAAUAAAGAAGGAGAGAGAAACACUGAAGGAAAUGGAAGCUCAUCUACAAAAGCAAAAGGAAGACACUGAGACUGUCACUGAAGAAACAAAGAGACAGAAAGAGGAUCUGGAAAAGAUGAGCACAAUCAUAAAUGAACAAGAACAAGAGUUGAGUAAAUACAGAGAGCGUCUAGAGCAAGAGAAAGAUGAAAUAAACAAUAAAUGGAUACCAUUACAGCAGAGAAUUGAUGAAUUUGAUACUCAUGUCAGACAACAGAAGGAAAAGGAUUUAAUGAAAGAGGAGGAGAUGGAAGAUGAAAGAAAAUGUCUAGAACAGACCAAAGUCAAGAUCCUGGAGCUAAAGACUAAAGCUGAGCAGGAGCAUAUUAUGAAAGAAAAAGAGAAAGAUGAAGAAAUGAGUGUAAAAGCAAAGAUAGAGCGAGAAGAACUUGAUCACAUAAAGAGUGAACUGGAAAGAGAGAAAACGGAAAUAGAUCAUGAGCAGAAGAAAAUGGAUGAUGACAUCAAGACGAUUGAACAGGAAAGAAAAGAACUGCAUAAGAUGAGGUCUGACAUGAUGACAGAGAAAGAGAAAAUGGAAGACAUGAGAGAAGCAAUCAAACUUGAGAGAUCGGCACUUGAACAGAAAAUGCAAAAGAUUGAUCUAGAAAAGGAUGAAAUUGAAAGGAACCAAGCAAUAGUUCAGAAAUCAAUGGAUAAAGUAGAAGAGCAGAUAAAUUAUAUUAAACUCCAGAAAGAAGAACUUGACCUUGAAAGACAAAAUAUCAAUGAUGAAAAAUAUCUUCUAGCUCAAAGUAAGACAGAGCUACAAAAAGAAAGUGAACAAAUCAAAUACAUGGAGGAGGAAAUAAAGAAGGAGAGAGAAACACUGAAGGAAAUGGAAGCUCAUCUACAAAAGGAAAAGGAAGAAAUUGAGAGUGUCACUGAAGAAACAAAGAGACAGAAAGAGGAUCUGGAAAUGAAUACAGACAUAACUGAACAAAAACAAGAGCUGAAGAAUUGCAGAGACCUUCUAGAACAAGAAAGAGAAGAAUUAAACCAUAAAUGGACACAGUUACAACUGAAAAUGGAUGAAUUUGAUGCUCAAGUCAGUAAACAGAAGGAAGAAUAUCUAACAGAACAAAAGGAAAUAGAAGAAGAAAGAAAAGGUCUAGAAGAGACCAAAGUCAAGCUUCUGGAGCUGAAAACUAAAGCUGAGCAGGAACAAAUUAAGAAAGAACAAGAGAAAGAAGAAGAAAUGAGAGUAAAAGAAAAGAUGGAGAGAGAAGAACUUGAUCAGAUGAAGAGUGAACUGAAAAGAGAGAAAACUAAAAUAGAUCAUGAGCAGAAGAAAAUGAAUGAUGCCAGAAAGAUAAUUGAACAGGAAAGAAAUGACCUGGAGAAGAUGAGGUCUGAAAUAAUGUUACAAAGAAAGCAAAUAGAAGAAGAGAGAUCAGAGCUAGACAACAAAAUAAAACAGACUGAUCUAGAAAAAUCUAAUAUUGAGAAAAGCAAAGAAAUUGUACAGAAAUUAUUGGAUGAGGAGGAAGAACAGAUAAAUUAUAUUAAACUUCACGAAGAAGAAUUAGAACUUGAGAGACAAAAUAUCAAUGAUGAAAAAGAUUUUCUGGCUCAAACAAAGACUGAACUGCAAAAAGAAAGUGAACGAAUAAGAUACAUGGAAGAGGAAAUUAAUAAGGAGAGAGAAACACUGAAAGAAAAGGAAGCACAUCUACAAAAUGAAAAGGAAGAAAUUGAGAGUGUCACUGAAGAAACAAACAGACGAAAAGGAGAUCUGGAAAUUAUGAGCGCAAACAUAAAUGAACAAAAACUAGAGCUGAGAAAAUACAGAGAGCUUCUAGAGCAAGAAAAAGAUGAAAUAAAUUAUAAAUGGAGAGAAUUACAACAGAGAAUUGAUGAAUAUGAGCGGUCAAAGACUGAGUCUAUUAGGAAUGCUCUGGAGGAGACCAGAAAGAAAGAUGAAAAAACAGAAAUGGAAGAAAAACUUAAACAGGCUAACAAGGAAUAUGAAAGUGUCAUAGAAGAAACAAACAGGAGAAGGGGUGAACUAGAGAAAAUCAUGUUUGAUAUAUCACAACAAAAUCAAAAGUUUGAGACAGACAAAGAUCUUCUGGAAAAAGAUAGAAAUAACAUUGAAAAGGAAAGAGAAGAUUUGCAAAGACAAGCUGAUGACCUGACGCACAUGACAGAACAAAAAGAAAAUGAAGAGAUGAGUAAAAGAUCAAUGGAUGAAGAGAAGAAGCUUCUUGAGCACAAGGCUGGUGAAAUCCUGAGACAGAGAAAUGAAUUAGAGAAAGAAAAAGACGACACGACGAAGAAGUGGAAUGAGCUGGAUGUUCUUCAGAAGACAUUACAAAAACAAAGAGAUGAAAUUGAAGAAAUCAAAAAUGACUUAAAGACUGAAAUUAAUCAACAGCAGCAAAGACUGGAGAAGAGUAUAAGAGCUGUGAAUGAGGAGAGGAGAGAUCUGGAGAACAUGAGGAAUGAUUUUGAAAAAUACAGACAACAAAUGGAAGAAGAGAUGAGAGUAAAAACAAAGAUGGAGAGAGAGGAACUUGAUCAACUGAUGGCCAAGAUAUUGACAGAACAAAAAGAAACUGAUAGGAGCAAGGAUAUGAUAGACCAUCUAAAGAAGGAAAUGGAGCAAACAAAAGCCAAACUCAAUGCUCAAGAGGAGCAAAUCAAACUGGAAUUGCAAAUAGUGCAAUAUGAGAGGCAAGAUCUGGAACAGUCCAAGGCUGAAAUCAAGAGACAGACUGAUGAAACCGAGAUCAUGAAAGAGCAGACACACCAGUUAGAAAAAGAGAAAGAUUUGUCUGAAACAUUAAAAGAAGAACGUCAAUCUGGACAGCUUCUUCAACAGAAGAGAGAAGAAAUGGCCUCUCAAGGAAAACAAAUACAGAUAGAUGAAGUCAAUAGACUCUUGUCUGAGAUUCAAAGGGAAAGGGAAGCACUUGAAAGAAACAAAAAAAUCCUUGAACAUCAGAGAGAGGCACUGGACGAGAUGAAGAGAAAACAACCAACACAGAGGCUGCAAUUAAUUUUGGUUAGUUCUGCUACACAAACAUCUAAACUAGAAGACAUACCUGUGGGUGACAUUUCAGCCACUCGGGAACAGAUUGUUGAGGAACACACAGGCAUUCAUAAGGAAUAUACAACUUUCAUAACAAAAGGGACGGAAGAUGAAUUAGAGAGAAUGAGAGAUCAGGAGGACACAGAGCUCAAAAUGAGAAGUGAAGAAACUGAAAUGGACUCAAGCCAAGAAGACAAUGCACUGACAACAGAAUAUAAAGAUAUACCUGAUCCAUCCAUGGCAGUAAAGUUGGAGUUCAAUAAAGAUGAAGCCGAUGGCCUUACUGAAACGUUGAUGACUGAGAAGAGGGAACUAGAAAAGACAAGAUUUGUUUUACAGAGAGACCAGAAAGAGACUGAGACAAUGAGACAACACACUGACAGAGAGAAGAAGAAUCUGGAGAAAUAUAAAGCCGCUCUUGAAAAACAAUAUGAAGAGAUGGAGUUAUGCAGACAGAAUAUGGAAAAUGAAAGAUCUGAGUUAGACAUGACUCAAGAUAAAAUUAAGAUGGACAUGGAAAAAAUUCUAAUGGAGAUCAAGAGCAAGCAGGAGAAAAUAGAAAACAUGGAAGUUCAACUUCAAGAAAAGAAGAGAGAAAUGGAAACCAUCUCUGUUGAGAUGAACCAGAGACAAGAGGAGUUGGACUUCAUAAAUACAGAGAUAAAAAGAAAGAGACAAGAGAUGGUGGACACCAAAGAAAUGGAGGAACAUGAGUUAACUGACAUACUUCCAAAGAGAGAUGAGUCUAUAAAAAGACACCUGGAGGAAAUACAGAACCAAAAGGAGGCAUUACGGAAGGAGAGGGGUGAAGUUGAAAAAAUACUCACUGGGCUGCAGAAGGAGCAAAUGGAAAUGGAGAUGCGUCAGGCAAUGCUGAACUCAGAAAGAAAUGAACUGAAUAGAAUGAGAGUCGAUCUGGAGACACAAAAAGAGGAGUUUAGGCUUAUGCAACAAAACAUAGAGACAGAAAGAGACAAGCUGGAAUCAAGGUUAAGGAGAGCAGAGGACACAGAGAGACUUUUGGAUGAUGUACUGAAAGAAAAGGAAAGGGUAGAAGAAAUGGCAGCUCAACUUGUCAAAGAACAGGAAGAGUUUAAAAUGAUUAUGACUGAGGCAAAUAAAUGGAUAAACAAAAUUAAACAGAUUGAGGUGGAAAUUAAAACAAAGCAAGAAGAAAUGGACCACAUUGAAGAACUGAGACAAAAAGAGCUUCAUCAAAGGAGUGCAGAAUCUGAAAAAAUUAAGACUGAAAUUGACAAUGAAAAAGAAGAAAUUCAGAAGAUACGAAAGGAAUGUGAGAGAGAAAAACAUGAACUGGAGCAAAUAAAAACAGAUUUGCAGAAAGAAGAACCACAGAAAACCAAUGCAGAAGUGCAAUAUGAUGAAGCACACAGUGUUAUGCACACGUUGAAAGAAGAGAAAGAAGAAAUAGAAAGGAUGAAAGCUGACCUCCAGAAUGAGCAGAGAGAAAUUGAAAACCUGAUGGACAUUAUAAAAAGAGAGAAGGGCGAGCUGGAAAAGAAGAAAGUUGAAAUGCAGCAAAUUGCUGCAGAUAUAAGGGACACAGACAGUGAUAAGAACUUACAAGAUGAAAUUAUGCAGAUUGAAGCAAUCCUCAAUGAAACCAAGAGAAAGAAGAAUGACCUGGAACAGAUGAAUGACAAUUUAAACAGGGAAAAAUCAGAACUGAAAAGCACUUGUCAGCUUCUAGUAAAAGAAAAGAGAAAAGCAGAAACUAGAUUACAGGAUAUGGUGAGUGAACUGAAUAUUAAGCUUAAGGAAUUAGAAAAUCUACAGAAGUUCAAAACAGAGGAGAGAGAGGCAGAAAAGAAAAAUCUGGAGAAAUUUAAGGAUGAGAUGGCUAAAGAACAUGAACAAAUUAAAAAGGAAAAUGAAGAUUUAAGAAUGAGAAGAGAUGAGCUGCUGCACAUGAAAGACGAAAUUCAAAAGCAGACAAAAGACCUAGAAGAAAUAAUGAACAAAGUGACAAUGAAGAAGAGUGAGCUAGAACAAGAGAGGCGUGAAAUAAACAAACAAAAACAACAACUGGAAGACAUUGGGAAAGCUGCAGAAAUAAAGUGGGUUGAGACACAGGUAGCCACUGAAAGGUCCAGACAAGAAGACGAGGACAUGCAAAUCUUAAAAACUGAGAGAGAAAGAAUAGCACAUCUGAAUGAUCAAUUACUGAAAGAGAAAGAGGAUGUUGAAACCACCAAAGAGAGAAUUAAUAGAGAGAUGGAACAUAUUGAAAAGAUGCAAAGCCAAUUAAAUGACCAAAGAGAAGAGAUCAAGCUUGAAAAACAAAUAUUAGGAGACAUAAGGACUGAGAUUCAAGACAAGACAAAUGCUCUAGAGAAAAGUAUGCAGGACUUACAAAAAGAGAGGGAAAAUCUAAAUGCUUUAGUUAUUCAACAACAAAAAGAAAGAGAAAAUAUGGAUAAACUAGCAGAAGAAAACAAAAGAAAAGAGAAGCAUGCUGAAGUUGAGAUACAAAGACAGUUAGAGGACAUAGAAAAUCACAAGGUGAGGUUGGCAAAAGAAAGGAAUCAACUUGAACAGAUGAAUGCAGAAAUACAGACUAAACAUAAAGAGCUAGAGAAAAUAAUCAGACAACAGCAAGAGGAGAUUGACAUCAUGCAAAGAGAAAGAAAGGCUUUGGAGAAAAUUAAUGCUGAGCUAGCAAGGAAAACCACUGAAAUGGAAAAUAAGAGAGAGAAAGUAACUCUCUGGGAAGCAGAUAUACAGAAACAGAAAACCAAAGUAGAAGAGCUAAGGAACAUCUUACAAAGAGAGAAAAGUGAACUUGACAAAGAGAAAGCAGAAGUAAAACAAGAAAAACAAGAGAUGGAAAACAUUCUGAAAACCAUCAAGAGUGAGUUGGAAGACCUAGAGCAACUUAGAAAUAAAUCUGAGGAAGAGAAGAAAGACAUGCUGGACAGACUGUUAACAGAAAAACAUGAAACGGAUCAAUUAAAAACCGAGUUACAGUUGGAGAAGAAGAUAAUUGAAGAGGAAAAGAAAAUGCUGAAGCAGUUGAUGAACGAAACUGAAAAUAAAAGAUCUCAACUGGACAGCAACAUUGUGCAAAUGAACAUGGACAAACUAAAUAUUAAAAAAGAAAAAGACUCACUGGAGGAGAUCAAGGCAGAUUUACAAAGAAAGUCUGAAAAGCUUAAUGAGGAAAUCAGGAAAACAGACAAAAUCACCUCUCAAAUCAGUAAAGACCAAGAGAACAUUCAGAGACUGGAAGACAUGAGAAGAAAAGAAGAAGAGCUCAGUACUAUGCGUGCUGACAUUGAAAGGCAGACAAAUCUUCUGCAAUCAGAUCUACUGCUACUUCAGACACAAAAAGAGAACUUAGAAAAGAGCAAAGCAGAGAAUGAGACUCUAAGAGAAGAUUUUGAAGAGCAAAAAGAAAAGAAUGACUUGACAAUGCAAGAACUGCUCAAAGAGAGGCUGGCCUUGGAGCAGAAGAUUAUUGAUAUAACACAGCUAAGAGACACAGUGGAAAGCACACAUAAUGAAAAAAGACUUAAAGAAGAGGAUCUGGAAAACAAAGAAAGAGAACUUGACAUGCAAAGAAAAGAUGUAGAUAACCUAAGAAACAUUUUGAUGGCUGAGAAAAUGCAGCUGGAAAAGAAGCACAAUGUUAUGAAUCAACAGCAGCAGGAGGUUAAUGACUUGAUGAAUGAAAACAGAAAAAUGAGAAAUGAUUUGGAGAGCAUGAAAACUCAUCUGGAACAAGAGAGACGACAACUACAACAAAACAUCAAAACAUUUGAAGAUCAGAAGAAUGUUUCUGAUCAAAUCAAAGUGGAUGCAGAGCAACAGACCGAUGAGCUUGAGAAAAUCACAGCAGAUACAAAGAGGGGAAAGGAACCUCUUGGAAAGGAAAGAGAGGAUACUGAUGCUUUGAAGAAAGAAAUCCAGAGUAAGAAAGAUGAACUGCAAAGCUUAAAUUCUGAGAUUGAAAAUUCCAACCAAGAAAUGGCAGAAAACAGAGAUCAGUUUGAAAAAGAGAUGGAAAAUUUAAAGCAGAAAAGAGCAGAUUUACUGACAGAAACUGAUCAGCGAGCCGAGACCAAAAUAAAGAAGAAAGAUGUAAAAACAGCAGUGGAGAGUGAAAAACAGAUCCAAGCUGCUUUACAAAUGGUCAGGGAGGACACUGAAAAAGAAAAGACAGAUGCUGAAUUGCUGGCUGAUCUCCAGAAACAGAUGGAUGAACUAGAAGAACUGAGGAACACAAUUGAGGUGGGAAAAAAUCUGAUCGAAAAGAAAAAGCUCACAUUAGAUCAUCAGCAGCAGGAAUUAGAAGACAUCAUGACAGUCAUCAAACGAGAGAGAGAUGUGCUUGAGAAAGAGAAGUCUGAAAUUGAUGAACACAGACAUAUCCUCAAUAAAAAUAUGCAGACAAAACAAGAAGAGCUUGAAAAGCUUAAUAAUGAUAUUCAAAGGGACAAAAAGGAGAUUGAAAACAGCAAAAAGAUAACUGAGAGUGAAAAAUAUCGUAUCGAAAAGGAGAGAGCUGAUUUAAACAGACUGAAGAAAGAGGCUGAAGUCAGCAAACAAAGCGUACAACAUGAGAGAACUUUGCUGCAACAAGAUAAAGACAUGAUACAGAAAGAAAAAGAGGACAUGGAAGGCGUUAUAGAUGAAAAGACAAGAACAAUGGAGGAACUGCAAGAGCAAAUAAACAGACAAUUAUCUGAAUUAGAGAUGGUAAACAUGGAGAUUCAAAUAAAGAGACAGGAAGCAGAAAUGCAUCGCUUACCAGAAGAGAUUAAAACAAAAGAUCAUUCAAAGAGGGAUGCUGAUGUUCUAAGAGAGGAAGUAGAAGUACAGAAACAAAAAACAGAUGAACUUGAGAUAUAUCAAAUGAAGACCACCUCAGUCGAUGCUGAAACACAAACAUCUUUGGAUGACUUUAAGAAAACAGAUGAUAGCAGACAGAAGGAAUUAGAAGACGAAACAACGGCAACAAAGAAAAAACAACCCACUGUGACAAAGUCAAAAGACAAGCACGCAUCUGAAGUGCGAGAAAUAACGGACUCUUUAAACAAAGAAAUUGAAGAUUUGGAGAGAAUGAAGACAAUGAUGAAAAAAGAGAGACAUGAACUGGAACAAGCAAAAGCUGACAUCCAAAGGCAGAGGGAAGACUUUGAGAGAAAUAUGAAGGAAGUCAUGAAGCAGAAGUCAAGAAAUGAAGAAAAACUGCUACGACUUACACAAGACAAGGAGGAUUUAUCAAACAACCUUGAUAAGAAAAAUAAGGAAAUAGAGAGCAUCACAGAAACAUUCAUGAGAAAGUUGGGACAACUGGAAAAGACCAUAGCGUCACUGAAAGAAGAGAAGGAAAACAUUGAAAAUGAGUUGCUUCAACAAAAGCAAAAUGAGCAGGAGACACAAAAAAUCAAGGGAAAAACAGAUGAUAUUUCCAUUAGAAGUGACAGGGAUGCUGAGAAAGUCACAUACAAAAAAGCACUGGAACAAGUACAAGAGAUUUAUUGGGCCAAAACAGAUGGAGAAACAGAAGCAAAAACCUCCAAAACUGACGCCCAAAGAGAAGCUCUUCAGCUAAUGGAUGGCGCGACCCUAGAACGAGAUGAGCUAAACAUCCUGAGAGCUGAACUACAGAGGCAACAUGACGAAAUGGAGAACAAAAUGAAGAUCAUACAAACUGGCCUUCUUGAGAUGGAGAAGGCAAAGGAUCACCUGCAUAAAUUGAGGGAUGAAUGUAAAACCGCUGAAGAAGAAAAGUCAGUGAUCAUGGAGAGUCUCGAGAGGAGGAGGAACAGCCUGGAAAAGGUUCAAGCUGAGCUACUGAGACAUACUGAGGAGAUUGAGCAUCUCACACGAAGCUAUGAAUGCAAAAGAAGAGAACUGCAACACAUUGAGACUGACAUACAAAGACAGGCAAGGACUGUGAAGACUCAACAGGAAACUAAUAUUCAGAGUGAACAAGAAGACCAAGAAGUAAUAGCGAUUACAAAAUCCAUUCAAAAACAUACAGAGGAUGUUAAGCAGAAGAGAACUCAAGAGACACAAACUGAAGACCAGGAAAGAGAUGCUCUACCACAGUAUGAAGAGAUACAUGCAAUGAAAAGGAGAAUACAGGACAUGAAAGAUGAACUUAAGAACAGAUUACAAGACAUAAAGAGGAAGGAACUGGAAAGACUCGGAAUCCAAAGACAAAAAAUCGAGUUGGAGCUACGGAAAGCUGAAAUGGAAAGAUAUAAUGAAGCCCUUCAGCAUGAGAGAGAAACUGACAGACUCAAGCUCAUAGAAAAGGAAAAGGAAAUACUUCUGUUAAGGGAGUGUAUGCUGAUUGAGAUCAAUCGACUGAAGAGCGAAGAAACAGAAACAAGUAGUCAGCACUUGGAGAUUAUGGAGCGCCUCAUUAGUGAUGCAGCAGUAAGAGUGGACCGAUUCAGACGGGUUACGGACAGAGCCGUGCAAACGCUGAUGCUGGAAGGAGAUGGAGAGCAGUUUGGAGGAGCUCAAAGAGUGAUGACUGAACAGAUGGAAAGUGUCAGUGGAAGGAUGGAGAUUUCUAUGCAUGUCCUGAGUGAAGACAGGGAGGAAGGAGCGAGAGGAGAAUCCCAGAGAGGGGGCGUAGUCGGGCCAACUUCACGGAGAUUGCGACUAUUGCACUGGAUCAGACGGUGCUGCUGUCGCUGCUGUCCCAGAAACACUGUGGAGGACACCGAGGACAUUUUAUAAACACAGGUCUUGUUCAUUUAGAAGUACAUUUUCAUAUGGAAUUUGACAAAAACUGAGAAGCAUGUCCUAAACAAAUACAAUCCAUGCAUUAUCAGUAUUUUUAUGUAUAUAUUUAUACGUAGCAUUCUUUGGGAGAAAAACCCCCACAACAUUUUAGUAGUGUCUACAAAAACAAACAAAAAAAAAUACUGGAUAA